AUGCGUCUCAGCACCGUAUCCCUCUCGCUCCUAUCCACCCUCGCACUGACUUUGUCGGAGUGCGCACAAGCAAGAACCAUCAUCAUGCCUCGCACUCCCACACCCUUCAACACGCCCAACCUGAACGCUCCGCACGCUCUCCCCAUCUCUUCUCGUCGCGCUCAAGAAGCUCAUGCGCGCAGCAUCUCCUACGAAGAAGAUGCUCGUGCGAUCAGCGGCGGAUCUGCGCACGAAAUGCUGCGGUCCACCGGCCAGUCGGAUUUGGAAUCGGAGUCGGAAGCGAGCCAGCUUGCUCGAAGCGUAGGGAUGGAGGUGGGAAGCGUGAGAGAGAAGAGGGAUGUGCGUGCGCAUGAGGAGGAGCAGGAGCAGGAGGAGGAAGAGAAGCGCGGCUCGCGUAGCUCCGCUGCUUGGUCAAGGGAGGAAAAGCGGCAGAAGAGCAAAAGACGAGCGGCUGCUGCGUGGCAAAGCGCCGAUGCGGAGGUCAAGCUGGUCUAGAUGACUGGCUGACCGUCAAUCACGC